AUGCCUGCUCCAGUAAAUACCCCUGCCAAAAAAGGUGGAAGUACUUCUGCUAGUUCUGUUGUUAGUGCCAGUUCUACAGCCAUUACUUCCCCUAUGCCUUCACAAGAUCCAUUGACUGAACGCCGGAAGCGUCAAACCAAACGUGAUGAAGCGAUCAGAAAGAAAUUAGAGACCGAGAUCAAUAAACGCCGUAAUCAGGUUGGCAAAACUCGUGCUCCUAGACGCCGUCCUGCCGGCAGCGUAUUAGCGCUUAAACCAUCUCCUCCAUUGACUAUGAAAUUUUCCACCUCUAUCCACGAAGCUGCUCAGUUCAUGUCUGCUAAACGAGAGAACUGUGUGUUGGUUCUAGAUGACGAUGAGAGCAUCUGUGGUAUUUUCACCGCCAAGGAUCUGGCUUUUAAAGUUGUCGGAUCUGGCUUGGAUGCCAAAUCUAUGACUAUUGAGAACAUCAUGACCAAAAAUCCACUCUGUGCUAAUACCGACACUUCGGCGACUGAUGCUCUCAACUUGAUGGUGAGUCGUGGAUUCCGCCACUUGCCAGUAAUGGACGAGAACCAUGACAUUGCUGGUGUUCUUGAUAUUACCAAAUGUUUCUUCGAAGCCAUGGAAAAGCUAGAACGGGCAUAUCAAUCAUCUAGAAAACUGCAUGAUGCUUUGGAAGGUGUCCAAUCCGAGCUCGGAUCAUCUCAACCAGCACAGAUUAUCAGCUACGUUGAGGCACUGAAGCAGCAGACAGAGGGCCCUGAUCUUGAGUCCAUUUUGUCGACAAGCGCUUCGCCAGUGUUUGUUGAUGUUAAGACCAAUGUUUCUGAGGCUGCCGCAUUGAUGAAGGAGAACCAUACCACUGCUGUACUCGUUACAGAUCAAAACAGUAUCACUGGUAUCUUCACAAGUAAGGACGUUGUUCUCCGAGUCAUUGCUGCUGGUUUGGAUCCUAAAACCUGCAGUGUUGUUCGAGUAAUGACCCCUCAACCUGACUUUGCACCCAAGUCGAUGACCAUUCAGGCCGCUCUCCGUAAAAUGCACGAGGGUCACUACUUGAAUUUGCCCGUGAUGGGUGAUGAUAACGAGGUCGUUGGCAUCGUGGAUGUUUUGAAGCUGACUUAUGCUACUUUGGAGCAAAUUAAUAAUAUGAAUGGUGUGGGAAAUGAUGGAUCGGAGGGCCCUGCCUGGAAUAGAUUUUGGAUGUCUUUGGAUAACGACAGUGAAUCUGUCCAUUCCGAUAGCCAUAGCAAUCGCCCCAUAACCCCCAUGUCUAGCCGAAGAUCUGGUCAGUUCCCUGAAUUAGACGAAUCGCUACCUCCUUCCUCGCCACCUGAAGUAUCUCAAUCGGAAUUAGCCCAAUUCAAUAUUGCAGAGUUGGGUCCCAACGACUCUAUUUCUCGUUUGGGUGCCUCGCGACAACAAAGUGGACUGGCCGAUGAAGAUUUAUUGUUGGCUCCCUUCCCAUUCAAGUUCAAAUCUCCCAGUGGUAGAGUACAUCGAGUUACAAUAUCCGCUGAUAGCGGGAUUUCAUAUUUGCGCCAGGCUAUCAUAGAUAAGUUCAAUGCUAGCGAAAUUGAGUCUCUCGGAGGGGCAGGUUUAGUAGAAGAUGACAAGCUUGUUGAAGUUGGUUUUGCUGUCAGCUAUAUUGAUGAUGAGGGAGAUGCUGUAGCUAUUACCACUACUCAAGAUUUAGUCGACGCUAUCAACAUUUCCCGGAUAUGUGGAUUCGAUAAAGCUGACCUCUAUGUUCACCACCCCGACACCCAAGUCGAGCCAACUAAAAGCACCGCGAAGUCGUCGAGACGGUCACUUGGAGCGACGCCAGAAGAUGGCGACGUCCUUGAUGAGACUACACCUCUCCGACGAAAGGAGAAAACCCCAAUUGCUACAUCUACCGAGGUUAUUCCUGGCGUUCCCAACGAGCUGCUUUUACCUGGUGCCAUUGUCACACUGGCUGUCUCAAUCGUACUGGUAUUCUCAUUCGCCAGACGAUAA